AUUAGAACAUAUUUCUUAUUAUGUCACAACAAGAAAAUUGUAGUAUAUGCUUUGAAGGUUAUGAAGAUCCUGUAAAAUUACCUUGUAAUCAUGUUUUUUGUAGAGAAUGCAUAGAAGUUGCUCUAGAAGUAUAUUUUUUUUAUAAAAUUUAAGCAAAGGCAGAGUUGUCCAAUGUGUAGAAGAUUAUGUUGUAAUUACAUAAACUCAAGAUUUCUUUCAAUCGCUGAGCCUGAGGAAAUAAUGCAUGAACAUUAAGGUGAACCUUGCUUCAUCUAUAGAAUAACAAUACAUCAAAAUGCUUAAACUCAAUUUAACUUCUUUGAAAAAAGGUACAAAAUAUGUAAAUAUUUUAGAUAUGUUGAAAUGAUAACAGAAGUUUUAAAAAAAAACUUGACUUUUAUAAUUGAUCCUCAAUACAAUGACUGUUGUAUGAGAGUAAAAUUAAUUGAAUGUAUACCAGUUCAUUAGCAUUAAAUAUACGUAUGUACAGUAUAGAAUAUUGAACGUCUUAGAAUUAUUGGAAUUUCUGAGAGAUAAAUAAAGGAUACUGAUUCUGUAUAAUUUAUAAUUAAUAUUUAGAAACUUAAAUAUGCAACUACACAAUCAAUAAUUGACAAUUUCGAUUAAGAAUCUUUAGUGCUCUAUUAAAAAUUGCAUACAUGUAUUGAUAAAAUGAUCUAAAUACUUACCUUAAAUGAUAAUGCUAAAAAUCAACUAUUAACAAUGGCUGGAAAAAAAGAUGAAAUCUAACCAGAUAAAAUAUCAAAACAUUCAUUAGAAUUAUUGUAAACUAUAUAAAUGUGUGAAAAUGGACUUUUGAAAUGGUAUUACAGUACGGAUCUUAAUGGAAGAUUGGGAGUAAUUUUAAAACAUUAUGAAUCUUAUCUAAAUUAUUGUUAGAACUAAUGA